AUGACGACGUGGCUGCUCCUCGCAGCACAGAGCAUCUUCACCGCUGCCGCGGCCGAGCCCACUGCUAUCAACCAGGCCCUCGACGUCACCUACCACGGCCUCGAGCGCAAUGGCAUCGAGCUGUUCCUCAACAUCCCCUACGGCCUCGACACGGGCGGUGAGCACCGCUUCAAACCGCCUCGCCCAGCAGUACCCCUGCCGGGCAGCACCGUCGAGGCCACCAACUACGGGCCCUCGUGCCCGCAAUCCCUGGGCACGUCGUCGCCCCCGCUCGCGCAGGGCAACAUUACACAGGUCUCCGAGGACUGCCUGAACCUCAACGUCGCCCGGCCCAAGGGCACCACGGCCAAGGACAAGCUGCCGGUGCUCGUGUGGAUCCACGGCGGCAGCUUCUGGGCCGGGUCCAACGCGGAGCCCACGACGCGGCCCGACGGGCUGAUUCUCGAGUCCGUGGCUAAUGGCAUCCCCGUGAUGCACGUCGCCAUGAAUUACCGGCUUGGCUUCUUUGGCUUUGCCCAGUCGGACGCGCUACAGCAGGAGGGCUCGGAGAACGCCGGGCUGCGCGACCAGCGGCUGGCGAUCGAGUGGGUGCGCGACAACAUCGGGCACUUUGGCGGCGACGGGAGGAGGAUCACCAUCUUCGGGCAGUCGUCGGGCGGGCUGGCCGUGGGGAUGCAGAUCAUGGCGUACGGCGGGACGCAGCCGGUGCCGUUCCAGCAGGGCAUCUGCGAGUCGCAGGCGCUCGAGCCGGGCAUCACGGCAAACUUUACCAUUGACGCGAUGCAGCUGCUCGUCGACGCCGUGGCCUGCAACACUUCGGCGCUGCACUCCCCCGAGACGGUGGCCUGCCUGCGGUCCCUCGACACCGAGACGCUCCGCCUGGCCGCCAUCGACACGUACAUUGCCGACAUUGCCCACAACAUUGGCGACAUCUGGCUCCCCGUGGUCGACGGCGACUUUCUGCCCGCCGCGCCCUCUGUGCUCGCGAAAGAGCACCGCUUCGCCACCGACGUGACGACCAUGAUCGGCUGGGCGGACAGCGACGUCGCGUUCUACACGGACAGCAGCAUCGCCACCCCGCAAGACACGCACAAGUUCAUCGCCGACUACAUCCCCUACGUCACGCCCGCCAACAUCGACACCCUGCUGGGCCUGUACCCCGUGGGCGAGUUCGCCGCCGACGCCGCGCGCAGCCAGGGCACCCUGUCGGCCGAGUUCUUCCGCUCCGCGCGCAUCUUCCGCGACAUCAUCAUGGCCUGCCAGCCCGUCUGGUUCGGCGGCAAGGUCGCGGCCGCCGCGGACCCGGGGACCAAGGUCUACCUGUACGACUGGAACCAGACGGUCCUCGAGCCCGCGCUCGACUUCCUCAGCAACAAGACGGGCUGGGGCCCCGUGCACACCUCCGAGUUCGCCUACAUCUUUGGCAACGUGAGCGUGUACGACGUGCCCGGCUUCCCCUUCACCGCGACCCCGGCCGACUACGCCCUACAGAGCCGCGGGUCGCGCAGCUGGUCGACGUUUGCCGCGACGGGGAAGCCCGGUGGGCUUUGUGGCAAGGACACGUUCCAAGGAUUUGACCAGGCGUUUCCCCAGGGCGAGGAUGGAGAGACGUAUGUCUUUGUGGUUGGGGGUGCGGACGAAGGGCUGUCGGCGUUUGACGGACCGAGAGCGAGUGAGGCCAUUGCGGCGCAGCGGCUCACGGAACGGUGCGCUUUUAUCAACUCGGACGAGAUGAUUGAGCAGCUGCGGUACUGA